UAAAAGGAGCUGAUCUUAAAAUCUUACACAACUAACUGUGGUGAGCUAGAAGAGAAAUAACAGCAUACAAAAGGAUGUCUGUCUUUAAGAAAUCCUGUGACGAGAUUACGGUGACCCAGCUUUAUUCAUCUAAAGUUGUGCUGAAGAACACAGCGGAGGCUGUUCUUGUUCCAUUAAAAGGUGGCAUCUCCACCCUGAAUGAAGUCUACAAGGCCCUGAUUAAGGCAGAUGUAGAUCCUGUUACUGAGCAAUGCUCCAACUACGAGUACAUCAGACAGCAGAUAGUGCAGGCUCAUCAGCUUCUGGAGCAGUCCGAACAGACGGCCAGUUCAGGGUUAAAGAGUCUGGAUGAAAGCUUAGAGAGACUUACACAAGAUGAGGGAAAACUCAAAUGUGAGAUGAAUGACACAAAAAAAAAAUUAAAAAACUUGAGAAAAGAACAGAAAUUAAAUAAAAAAAUUCUCAAAGAAUCUCAGGGAGCUUUGGAGCUGGCCAGGACAAACCUGAGUUCAACAGAACAGACACUUCAGGAUCAGGAAAACAGGAGAUACAAUGCUCAAAUUGUUACAGGUGUUGGGGCAGGGCUGUUACUUAUACCAGUUGUUGGAUGGAUAGCAGGUUCUGCCAUGUUGAUUGGUGGUGGAAUUGAAAUACACCAAGCAGGAAAUGCUAUCAUAGAGGCUGAAGAGGAAGUGAAAAAGUCUGAUGCUGAAGUGAAUAAAUACGAAUGUAAAGUGUCUGACUACGAGUCCAAGAUUUCCCAGACCAGGCGUGACAUCAGUGAGAAAAAUGACAAGCUGAAGCAGAAGCAUGAAGAAAUCCAGAAGGUGAAGAAGCAGAUCAAGUCUGUAGCUGAUUUCCAGAAGAAAGUGAGAAGUGCCGUCCACCUCCUGGGUGUUCUGAGCGGGAGGGCCAGUGUGACUGAACAUCAGACUCGUAGAUUCAUCCUCCAGGAGCCUGUGAUGAAGGUGAUGGAGGAUGUGAUGAAGGCCACAGAGCAAAUCACAGGGAAUAAGGUCCUCUACAACAAUGGCAUGCCAAAGCUUCUCAAACAGCUGAAGAAGAACAGCAAACGUUUGGCAGCCAUCUGUGCCUCGGAGGACAGCUCUAAAAUGAACACCACUAAAUGCUGGUUCUGUUUUUAAACAGACAUUGACCGAAUGAUGGAUAUUCUGUGGAUUCUUCAAUCAAUAUAAGCUUGUGCUACUUUGCAAAACUGCAUGUCAGAUGUUUGUACAAAUAAAGUGUUAAAAAACAA